AUGAAGCCCUCACAAGCCGAGCCUUACGUGAGGCUUGUUGCAUGUCUUGCGUUCCUUGAUGUGUCAGAACUAGGACUACGAAAGAUUGCAGGGAUGCAUGCCUUACUUGAAGAAGCGUAUCCGAAGCAUGUUCGUUAUUUCCUCCAGAAGCAUGCUAGUGAAAUACCGGGUUUGACAGAGGACUUGUUGUUGUACAAAUCAAGGAAUCAGCCAUGGCCAGGAUCCAGCAUCAUGGAGUUUUACCAUGAUACUAAAGAUUUGAUAGACAACCAUUACAAUCCCGAGUUCCUUGCUCUUUGCAAUGCAGACGGCUCUUUGCCGCCCGGACGAAGUCUGGAAGAACUUCGCAUGGCAACAAAGGAGCAGUUGUGGAAUAAGCACCAACUCGAACUUGUCGCCAAGAAUAUGCAGGCAGCGCCUUCCGAACCUCUGCCGCAGACUCCCGAUCCCCUAGAAGCGCAGGAGAGUCUCGAAUCACCGGAAUUGUUGGCAGAACAGAAAAAGAACGGAAGUGGGCGUAGCAAGCAGACAUCAGUCAUACCUUUCGAUGUCACCAACCCUGUUCACAGAGAUUGGACCCCCUUAGGUUGGAUCGCAUGGCUGCACCUUGGUUUAGGUUCUCCAGAACCUCAUGAUAACUUUUCACUGAAACCCAGCGGAGGCGAUGUACCUCCGGUACAGAAUCAGAUGAAACCCGACUUCCAUCAGCGUAUGUCGAGAAGCAGAUCUGAACAACGUCGGAGACUGCGAGAGAAAAAUCGUCGAACACAAGAGGAAUUGGGACGUAGAGCCACAGACCUACCGGCCCCGGAUAGUCUUUCCAAUGUUGUCAUGGCUGCAGGGGAUAGACUCAUGUGUCAAUAUCGACAAAGUCAAGAACGUACACAGAGGAUCAACAAUCUGCAGUUGCUCAUGCAACUCACAGAUCCAGGUAGUUCCGAACACGCACAGGCUAAGGCAGAACUCUUGCAGCUUUUGAAGAGUACAGCUGAACAUGACAACCUCCCAAGUGUGGCACCCGACUUCCAUCAGCGUAUGUCGAGAAGCAGAUCUGAACAACGUCAGGGAUUGCGAGAGAAAUAUCGUCGAACACAAGAGGAAUUGGGACGUAGAGCCACAGACCUACCGGCCCCGGAUAGUCUUUCCAAUGUUGUCACGGCUGCAGUGGAUAGACUCAUGUGUCAAUAUCGACAAAGUCAAGAACGUACACAGAGGAUCCGCGAACGCAACCAGAUGAUCCGCGAACGUACACAGAGGAUCAACAAUCUGCAGUUGCUCAUGCAACUCACAGAUUCAGGUAGUUCCGAACACGCACAGGCUAAGGCAGAACUCGUGCAGCAACACGCACAGGCUAAGGCAGAACUCGUGCAGCUUUUGAAGAGUACAGCUGAACAUGACAACCUCCCAAGUGUGGCUCAAUGGGAAUGUGCGUCUGGUACACCUGGCCCGUCAUCCAUGCUUCCAGGGUCUGUAACGAAUUCCAGGAACAUGGGCAUUGCAUCUCCUGCCUCAUCUGUGGUUGCCACCCCUGUAUCUCUGUCGGACCAACGUAUCUUCACCAAUGAUGCGCUUGGAACGACAGAAAAUUGUUCUCCUCAAUCACGUGUUCGUGCAAGGCCAAUGGAUUUGGACAGAUUGUUCAAAAAAACCAGAACGAACAACGUGGAGAAGGUCACAACAGCGAUUUCUCACAUAGAUGGGCACAACUGUCCAGUGUGA